AUGCCUGUGACUUACGACUUGCCUCAACUGCAGUACAGCCUCGAUGCGCUGGAACCCUCGAUAUCCGGGCAAAUCAUGGACCUCCAUUACAACAAACAUCACCGAACCUACAUCACCAACCUGAACGCCGCCCUCGGUGCACAGGCGGAAGCAGCCUCGUCCAACAACCUGGUGAAGCAACUCGAGCUGCAAGCCGCCAUCAACUUUAACGCCGGCGGCCACAUCAACCACACGCUGUUCUGGGAGUCCCUCGCCCCGGCGUCCAGCGGGCUCAACGACCUCUCCGCCGUUGCCCCGACCCUUCGCGACGCCAUCACAAAACGAUGGGGCAGCUUCGACGCCUUCAAGGCCGCCUUCGAGGCCUCCGCGCUGGCCAUCCAGGGGUCCGGGUGGCAAUGGCUCGUGCAGGAUCCGCAGACAAAAGCGCUGGAGCUGACCACCAGCAAGGACCAGGAUCUGCCCAGCAAGGGAAGCGGCAAGGGCAUCGUGCUGGGCGUCGACAUGUGGGAGCACGCGUACUACCUGCAGUACUUCAACAACAAGAAGGAAUACCUCGCCAAGAUCUGGGACGUGGUCAAUUGGCAGGUCGCCGAGAAGCGAUAUAAGGGCGAUGCCCGAGCCGCAUUCGGGGCGUUGGCGGGAUUGGCUGGACAUUUGUAA